AACAUAUGGCGAGCGUUCAAUGAACGCUAGCAGCAAGUAUAAAAAUAGAUUCCGGCCCGACAGUCGAUCCGCACUUGUCCAGCAGCCGCAGCCGCAGCCGUCGCAUCCGUUCGUUUGACCUAUUUGAACCAAACCAUGUAUUUGGAAUGACGUGGAAAUGCGUACAGAAUUAGUACUGAUCACAAUAUGCGCCUUGGGCGCCGGCUGGGCACUGGAUUUGGAGUACGAGCAGCCAACAGUUCUUAUAACGCUACUCGUGCGCAAUAAAGCGCACAUAUUACCCUUGUUUUUGAGCUAUGUAGAUCAACUGGAUUAUCCCAAGCAGCGUAUUGCCUUCUGGAUACGCAGUGAUCAUAACAACGAUAAUAGCAUAAAAUUGCUACAAGAGUGGCUAGAACAUUCGGCGGACCUUUAUCAUAGCGUCAAUUAUGCUUUCGAUGAUGAACAGUCGCGUUAUCUUAAUGAGAGCUCUGCUUACGACUGGCCGGCAUCGCGUUUCAAACAUUUGAUUGCAUUGAAAGAGGAGGCGCUGCAAUAUGCGCGCGAUAUUUGGGCUGAAUUUAUAUUCUUUUUGGAUGCCGAUGUGCUGCUGACUGAGCCAAAGUCUCUCAAAGAACUGACAGCCCUGCGACUGCCCAUUGUGGCGCCCAUGUUGCUGUCGGAUAGUCUCUAUUCGAAUUUCUGGUGUGGCAUGACUGAGGAUUAUUACUAUCAGCGCACUCCAGAAUACAAAGAGAUAUACCAUAAAGAGAAAGUUGGAGUCUUUGCCGUGCCAAUGGUGCAUACAGCUGUGUUGGUGCACAUGAGCUAUGCGGGUGCGCGCUAUCUAACCUUUGACCGCCAGCGACUUGUGGAAAUGCAGACUGCAAGGCAUGUGGAAGUGUAUAAUGGACCCAUGGACGAUAUCAUUGUGUUUGCCAUAUCCGCGAAUAGCUCUCAAGUGCCAUUGCAUAUCUGCAAUACUUUGUCAUUUGGCUAUAUGAUGCAGCCGCUGGAGACGACGGACACACUGCAGCAGGAUUUGUAUCAACUAAUCAAUAUUAGAGCUAACAUGGUGCACGAUUUGGGAGCUGUACCGCCUGUGCAGCCAUUCUUACAAAAGUACAUUAGACUGCCCGAGAAAACUAAGCUGAACCUGGAUAAUAUAUUCAUGAUCAAUCUGGAGAGAAGGCCGGAAAGGCGUCAGAAGAUGGAGAAUCUGUUUGCCGAACUGGGCCUGGAAGUGGAGCACUUUGCUGCUGUCGAUGGCAAACAACUGAACACACAGCUGGUGCAGGAGAUGGGCAUCAAUUUCAUGCCCGGCUACGAGGAUCCAUAUCAUCAUCGUCCCAUGACAAUGGGCGAAAUUGGUUGCUUUCUCAGUCACUAUCACAUUUGGCAGCAGAUUGUAGAGCGACAGUUACUCCAGGUGCUCAUCCUGGAGGAUGAUAUACGUUUCGAGCCAUAUUUCACGGCGAAUGCACUACGCGUGCUCCAACAGGCAAGUAACUAUGACUAUGACCUCAUCUACUUCGGUCGCAAGCGUUUGAAAGAUGAAAGCGAACCUUGGGUGGAGGGCAGCGAUAAUCUCGUGCAUGUGGGCUACUCUUACUGGACACUGGGCUAUGUCAUUACGCUGCGUGGAGCCGAGAAGCUGCUGGCCGUUAAGCCGCUAGAAAAACUUAUACCGGUCGAUGAAUUUCUGCCCGUAAUGUUUGGCCGGCAUCCGUUGCAGAAUCUCAGCCAGGCUUUCGAGCCACGCAAUCUAAUAGCAUUUAGCGCAGCGCCCAUGCUGCUCUAUCCCAUCCACUAUACGGGUGAAACGGGCUACAUAUCCGACACGGAGGACUCCCAGCAAAUUGCUGAUAUUUCGGAUGGAGCUGGUGAGCCGCAACGGAAAAGCAAUCGACAGCAAAUCUUUCCGGAAGAGGACACCGUAAACAUGCUCGAUCAGGAACUGCACCUGGCCGAUAGCAACACCUUACUACAGGUGGAUAUAACCAAAAGCCAUCAAGAGCUUUAAAGCAAUUCGUAGAAUUAACAUAAUCAUAGUCUCUCAGAAAGUCUGUACCAAAUGUGCCUUCUAAUAUUAUGAUUAAGYAAGUAAGUCGUCAAAUGCAAUAUGUCAGCUGCCACCAAUUACUACUUUUAAUGAAGAACAAAAUAUAACUAGAUUUUAUG